AUGGCUUCCCCCUCCGUCGUCUGCAUUGGUAACCCCCUCGCAGCAGUGCAAAAGCUGCCUCUCUCAACAGCUAGCGUGAUUUGGCUUCAAGCUAACGUCCAGCUCGACAUCCAGGUCUCUGCCGCGCAGGGCCCUGCCUACCUCGAGAAGUAUGGCCUCAAGUCCAACGAUGCCAUUCUCGCCGAGGAGAAGCACAUGCCCAUCUACGAGGACAUUGUCGCCAACGCUGACGUGACCUACGUCGCCGGUGGUGCCGCUCAGAAUGCCGCUCGUGGUGCUUCCUACGUCCUCCCCCCCAAGUCGGUUGCCUACAUCGGCUCCGUCGGUGACGACGACCUCACCCAGACCCUCUCCAAGGUCAACGAGACCGAGGGUGUCAUCUCGGCCUACCAGAUCCAGCCCGCCCCGGCCAAGACUGGUGCCUGCGCCGUCAUCCUCUCGAACCACGACCGUUCGCUCGUCACCACCCUCCGUGCCGCUGAGAUGUUCACCCCCGACCACCUCAAGAAGCCCGAGGUUGCCGCCCUCAUCGACGGCGCCCAGUACUUCUACAUCGGUGGCUUCUUCCUCACCCACGGUGUCGAGUCUGCCCUUGAGAUCGCCAAGGCUGCCUCGUCCAAGGGCAAGACUGUCGUUCUCAACCUCUCUGCUCCCUUCAUCCCCCAGUUCUUCAAGGUCCAGCUUGGGCAGCUCCUCCCCCACGUCGACAUCCUGAUCGGCAACGAGUCCGAGGCCGCCGCCUACGCCGAGGCCGCUGGUCUCGGUGACGCUCAGCUCCCCCAGAUCGCCUCUGCCCUCGCCGCCUCGCCCAAGUCCAACCCCUCGCGCCCCCGCAUCGUCAUCAUCACCCAGGGUGCCGACUCGACCCUCGUUGCCUCGUCGCAGCCCUCGGCUUCGCCCGUCAACCUCUCGCCCGAGGAGGAGAACCCCAAGGUCUUCCCCGUCCCCAAGCUCGCCGACGACAAGAUUGUCGACACCAACGGUGCCGGUGACAUGUUCGCCGGUGGCUUCCUCGGCGCCAUCGCCCAGGGCAAGACCCUCAACGAGGCCAUCGAGGUCGGCCACAAGCUCGGCCAGAUGUGCUGCGGCCAGAUCGGCCCCAAGCUCGAGUUCCCCAAGGUCAACGUCCUCUAA